UUUUGUUUUGGGUUAUUCGUCCUUCUCCACAUAAUGGAUACAUUCUCUUGCAGUUCGUAUGAACAAAACCACGCCCCUUUCGACCAUCACGAUGCUGAUGAUGUUGAGAUUGAUGAUCACAAUCUCGAUCAUCAUGAUGGUGAUCAUCAAGAGGAAAGUGGAUGGACAACUUAUCUUGAAGAUUUCUCAAAUCAAAACAGAACUCAUUAUGAAAAAGGCGAUCAUCAAGACAAGAGUUCUUGUUCGCUUCUUGGCGGCUCUCCUUCUCUGAUCUCCGACGCCGCCACUGACGCCUUUUCCGGCCGGAGUUUUCCAGUUAAAUUUCCGGCGAAAUUGAAGUUUGGGAAAGCAAGAACCAAAAAGAUUUGUGAGGAUGAUUCUUUGGAGGACACGGCUAGCUCUCCGGUCAAUAGCCCUAAGGUCAGUCAGGUUGAACAUGUUCAGACGCCUCCUAGAAAAAUUGAGGACUAUGUCUCUUCUAGUUUCGUUAUGGGAAAUAUGAGAAGCAUGGGGGACAAUCAAAUCCAAUUCCAAGAAGGUGAUGAACAAAAAAUGAUGAUGAUGAGGAAUCUCAGAGAACGAAAGAACAACAACAACAGCAAUAAUAUGGAUUUGAGAAGUAGAGGAUUAUGCGUUGUCCCUAUUUCCAUGUUAGCUAACUUUAAUGGUCGCUUCUAAAUGAUAAUCAAUUCUAUAAACACCCUUGUUAAAUUUGGUUGUGUUUAUAUAUGUACCCAUUUUGUAUGUAUUUGCUUUAUGUCGUAUGUACAUCUUGAUGGGUGUGUGCUUAAUACAUAUGUAUAGCUCUUGUGCACAUAUAUAAGUGCAUCUCGGUGGAAUAUUUGUAAAUUAUACAAAGUAUAUGUUUGUAAACAUUUCUACGAGGUACCAUCUCAUAAAGCUUAUGAAAGCUUUUGC